AUGGAUCUGAAGAAUCUCUCCAGCAAUUGGAAGAAACUCCAGGAGACGUUAAAGAAGGAAAGCGUCUCCACCUCGACAAAGCGCAAGACUGCGGACCGCGAACCCCAAAAUGGUGCCGUGAAGAAGCGGAAGACCGAGGCCUUGCAAGGAAAAACCAAAUACGAACAAGCCCGUGAGAUCAAGAAAAGGAAGAGGAUGUCUGAGGUCUCUUCGGAGGACCGCGGGAAUGGUGUCCAAGAGACUGAAGUGAAAAGUGUUUCGCGGAAGAGUUCCACUGCUACCCUUGCGGUCCGCGCAGAACCCAAGACGGCGAAGGUCAACGAAGGCCGCUCUAAAACCGCCGAACUGGGAAAAUAUGUCGCGAUGGACUGCGAGAUGGUAGGAGUCGGUCCCAACCCCGAUCACGACUCAGCCCUCGCCCGCGUCAGUAUCGUCAACUUUAACGGCGAACAAGUUUACGACUCCUUCGUCAGGCCCAAGGAAAUGGUCACCGACUGGCGGACGCAUGUGAGCGGUAUACUCCCUAGGCAUAUGGCGGAAGCGCGAACGCUCGAGCAGGUUCAGAAGGAGGUGGCGGAAAUCAUCGAUGGACGGAUUCUGGUGGGCCAUGCGCUUAGGAAUGACCUGGAUGCGCUUCUCUUGAGCCACCCCAAGCGCGACAUCAGAGAUACUAGCAAGUACCCGCCAUAUCGAAAGGUCGCGGGAGGUGGCUCACCCCGCUUGAAAGUCCUCGCCUCUGAAUUCCUAGGAUUGGACAUCCAAGGCGGUGCUCACUCUAGUGUUGAAGAUGCUAAGGCGACGAUGCUUUUGUACCGGCGAGACAAGGAUGGAUUCGAGAGGGAGCAUGCGAAGAAAUGGCCGGUACGGGUGGUAGUGGAGAAGGAGAAAGGGGACGACCAGAAGAAAAAGAAGAAGAAGAAGAAGAAGACUCGAAAGAGACAAGACAUGGUUCCCACCCCGUUAAGCAAUAAAUUAUCGACCAUUGAACCUCCCAUGAUAAAGCUCAAUUAUGCCCAUAUCGCCUACUUCGUAAUAUCAGAUAACUCUUUCUCAAAUUGGACCACAGCCAUGUUUGCCCUGCAACGCCCAUCCCAAUCUUCGGACUCGACCUGUCCCGACAAAUGCACACCCAACAUUCUCCCUUGCCGAGUUCAUCACGACGGUCCUGUCAAUUCGGUGGAUCGCUUCUGGAUCCCGGUACCUGACGAAAAAGACAAAGCUCUCCAAACCGCCCACUUCCGUGGCCGGAAAUUGCGCGGUCGACAUGUUGCGGUUCCAGAAGGCUACCAAGGAGUUGUUGCCGCGCUUACAGAACGCGUUAUCCCGUCGAAACCAGCGGAGAACGAUGACUCUGCGCCGGAGGAACCAAUUAAGAUUUUAGAACAGCAAUCGACCUUUAAGGAGGUAGUGGUCUGGGGACACGAGACAAUGCCGGCAUCUGAUGACCCGUUUGUUAAGGGUGUCGAGGAAUGGAUUAAGCUGGCUGAAGCGAUGCAUAUUCAGCCUAGCAGCGAAAAGCAGCCAUCUACAUGA